ACUUCUUUUAUUAAUGUGCCUAUCUUUGCGUUAUGUGACACUGGAGCUACUCAUUCCUUUAUCUCCUCUCGAUGCUUGGAGGCCCUGUCUAUUGAUAAUGUGUGCAACUGUGAUCCUCUCGAGGUUAGUCUAGCCUCGAGAAAAAUUAUCAUCUCCGAUUCUUUGAUUCAUGGUCUUUCAGUUAGUAUUGGUGGGCGUGAUUUGGAGGCCAACUGCUAUUUUAUUGAAAUGUGGGACUCUGAUGUGAUCUUGGGCAUGGACUGGCUCACUCGCUAUCGAGCCGAUAUCCGGUGCCAGGAGCGCGAAGUCAGUCUCUUCCCCGUUUCCGGUCAGCCUGUUAUUUUCUAUGGGGUGAAGUCGAGAAAUGUGCCUCGAGUCAUCUCUUCCAUGCAAGCUAGGAAGAGCCUUUCUAAGGGUAGCUGUCAAGGCUAUCUGGUUUUUAUGGUAUCCAAGGACGAUUCUGAGAGGUCCCCAGAGAGAGUCUCUAUUGUCUGCGAGUAUCUCGAUGUCUUCCCUGAUGAAUUGCCCGGAGGACCGCCCGACCGCCAAGUGGAGUUUACCAUUGAUCUAGUCCCAGGAGCUGGCCCUGUUUCUAAGGCCCCUUAUCGUAUGGCACCGAAGGAGCUUCAAGAACUCAAGGCCCAGAUCCAGGAGUUGCUCAAUCUUGGUUUCAUUGGUCCGAGUGUUUCGCCGUGGGGAGCGCCCGUCCUAUUCGUGAAGAAGAAAGACGGAUCGAUGCGCAUGUGUAUUGACUAUCGGGAGUUGAAUGCCCUUAUAGUCAAGAACAAGUAUCCCCUUCCUCACAUUGAAGAUCUCUUCGACCAGUUGAGGGGAGCCAGCAUCUUUUCCAAGAUCGACUUGCGUUCUGGUUAUCAUCAGCUGAAGAUCCGGGAGUCCGAUAUUUCUAAGACUGCCUUCCGUACCCGUUAUGGCCACUAUGAGUUUGUAGUCAUGCCGUUCCGACUCAGCAAUGCCCCGGCCGUGUUUAUGGACCUUAUGAAUAGGGUCUUUCAUCCCUUCCUGGACCAGUUUGUUAUCGUGUUCAUCGACGACAUCUUGGUUUAUUCUCAGAGCAUCGACCAGCACAAGGAGCAUCUGAGAAUUGUGCUGGAGACUCUUCGCCACGAGAAGUUGUAUGCUAAGUUCUCGAAGUGCGAGUUUUGGCUAGAUCGUGUGGCAUUCCUUGGCCACAUUGUGACAGCGAGAGGCAUUGAGGUGAAUCCCAGCAAGAUCGAGGCAGUGAGCAAGUGGGAUACGCCAAGAAGUGCCGCUGAUGUUCGUAGUUUACUGGGGUUAGCGGGAUACUACCGGAGGUUUAUCGAGGGCUUCUCGAAGAUAGCCCAGCCACUAACCAACCUUAUGAAGAAGGCCGUGAGGUUCGAUUGGAGUCAGAAGUGUGAGGAGAGUUUCCAGGAGUUGAAGAGGAGACUCACUACCGCGCAUGUUCUAUCUAUUCCCGAUCCUACUUUGGAGUUCACCAUCUAUAGUGACGCUUCGAAGAUGGGUUUGGGAUGUGUCCUUAUGCAGCAGGGGAGGGUCGUAGCCUAUGCUUCGAGGCAGCGGAAGCCUCACGAGCAGAACUACCCCACUCACGAUCUUGAGUUAGCUGCAGUCGUUCACGCCUUGAAGAUUGGGCGGCACUACCUCUAUGGAGGCAAGUGUGAGAUAUUUACCGACCACAAGAGCUUAAAGUACAUUUUCACUCAGAGGGAGCUGAAUAUGCGAGAGCGUAGGUGGUUGGAACUGGUCAAGGACUACGAUUGCACGAUUAGCUACCAUCCUGGGAAAGCUAAUGUGCUAGCCGAUGCCCUUAGUCGGAGGA